AUGCAUAGGACCCAGCUGUCAGAGCUGGCCCCUGCCCUAAGUGGCCCUCAGCGUGUUCUGCUGGAAACCUCCAGAGAUGCCGGUGUGGGAAGUUGGCUUACGGCGGAGCCGCUUGCCUCCUGUGGAUUCGUCUUGAACAAGUCCGCCUUUCGUGAUGCAGUGGCAAUUCGUUACGGCUGGCCACUUGAUGAAUUACCAUCAUCCUGCGUAUGUGGAGCGGCCAUGACGCUUGAUCACGCUGCAGUAUGUCCAACAGGGGGCUACCCAAGUCUACGCCAUAAUGAGAUCCGGGACCUGUUGGCGGAGGUGUUUUCGGCUGUCAUUUCUGAUGUAAGGAUAGAGCCUACGUUGCUGCCUUUGACUGGCACUGCGCUGGGUAGUUUGCUGAUCGCUCUUACCGAUGUUCAUAACCAAACCUCAUACGACCUGGUGAUUACAAUGAUCGCUGCUAACAACACUCCUGAAGUUGUCACUCUGUACAACCAGAUGCUGUCAUCCACUUAUCAUCCUAGCGCUAUUCCAGCAGGCCUUGCUACCACACAGGUCAUAGUUGCUGUGUUUGCAGUGGGCUCUACAACACCUCUCAAUGUCUACAUAAAGGAUGAAUCUGAGGUGACCCAGAACAACUUGCUCGCAAUGAUGAAGGACUCGCGCAAUUACAUGAUGCAGGGUAUGGUGGCCCGCAGUGCUGCUUCUCCAACUCGCCCUCUUACUGCUCAAACCACCUGGAAGGUCGCUGGCACACCUACCCCUACUGCUCAUUAUCGCAUCUUCAAUGCUGAUUGCUAUGGUUCAAGUCCUCCUGAUACUUGUACUCGGCCAACAUAUACAGCCAUCUCCAUGAAUGCCAGCUCCCUUACUUUUCUGACGUAUGGUGUUUACGAGGUCGUCUUCCAGGUCACCACAGGCUCUGGACCGACGGCGAAAACUAAAUACAUUACACCACCUCUCCGCCUCACUGUCAACACUGGCAUCAUACUGGGACAGACACCUGUAUGCCCACUUCCCACUACUGACUCUCCUAUGGUCAAUGUACCGUGUACCUGCGAAGAUGGCUUCAGCUGGAAUUCUACACGCUGUGCAACGGUUGGCUCACAUCUCAUUGCUGCCGGAGUCCCAACUGGAACCAAUGGUACGAUAGUCCUGCAUAAUAUUCUGGGAACGGCGGAUCGCCCUAAAGUCACAUUCCUGAAUAAUCAGAUCAUCAAUGCUCACCUCACCCCCAGUCAAGUCACAAGCAGCACAAACUUUGUUGCCAAUAUGAUGGUUGGCAUGACUUCCUAUGCAGCUGUUCUUUACUCCAUGAGUCCCGCACUGGCACGGGAAGGUAAGCUUCCUCUCUUGUCAUUUUGGCAGUGUGUGAGAAGGCUGUCUGGAUAUCGAUUCAAGGCGGCCAGGGUCAACAUGCAGUGGCCUGGAUCUACCGACCUCCAGAUGUGGGGAUUGACUACUGGAACAACCUUGAAGAGUCACUGCAGCGGGCCCAGGCGCAAGCGCCACACAUGA